AUGACUUUUGGUUGGAGAAUUUCAUCGUUUUUGGACAAAUCUGUUCCAUCUACAUAUUUUCAUAAUCAUUUUAAUAAUCAUUCAUCGUCAUCAUCAACAUAUCAUGGUUUUAAUAAAAUGAUGGCAACAAAGCGUCAACAUUUUCGACAAAUGUCUACUUCAUCAUUAUUGUCAGCUAAAGCUUAUGUUGCUGAUUUACUGGAAGGCAAAAAGAAACUAGAUGCUGUUGCACCUGUCUGCAUAACAACAGAAAAUUCACCACCAACAAUAUCAAUACAAAACAAUAAACGAAAAUCUCUUCGUACUACACAAACAACAACAUGUGUUAAGGAAUCAAUUAUCAAUGGAGAAAAACAUAUAUAUAAGGAAAUAAUAGUCACUGAUGAUAAAGGUUUAGUAAUGUCACAGAGCAACAGAUUAUCAACUGCUGCAUCACCUAGUAAAAUAAAUAUUGAACCAAUUAAAACUUCAACAGAACAAAUUAAUUUUCUUGAUAACGAUUCAAUUAGUUCAAAUAGUACAUUAUUUCAUUUUGAUCAAACAUAUUUAUCAUCAUCACUAUCUGAUCUUAAUCUUUCUAUAGCUUUACAAUCAAUUGAUGAUGUUAGUUCAUUACCAUUAAGUAUUUUAGAUAAUGAAGAAUAUUUAUCAACAAAUGAUGCUGAUGAUAAUAAAAGUCUACUACUAUAUACAUCAAUUCAAGUAACAAGUGAUAAUGAAUCGGUGCUUUAUUCACGUUUACCAAAUGAAUUAAAUAUAGGGACAGCAACAUUUGAUAGUGAUCUAGAAAAAAUAGAUUAA